GAUAUCACUCAUGGAAGUUCAAUUUAUUGACUGAUGAGAAUAUUUUACUCCCAAGUAAGGUUAUAUUGAUAUGCGUUCCCAAAAGCCAGUCUACCAAGUCUUGGUAACACAACCAAAGGGAUAUGUUCACACUAGUACUGGUACUGUACUUGUUUGGUUUGACGACUGCAUUCGUAAAUGCGGAGAAACCAAACUUUAUCAAUGGAGACCCGAGGACAUGUUAUGAUGGAAAGGGAGAAAAGCCUUUAAUGUUCGAAGUUCUUCCAGGAUUUGGUUGGGAUAACCUCGUCAACGAAAACCGUGGCGUUGUUGUGAAUUUCAAUUAUUCAAAAUGCAAGACAACCGAAGACAGGCGUUAUCUUCUUCCAGACGGGAUUGUUACUAUUCCUGUCAAGACAAGUCAAAUGAACGUUUUUUCCAAGUUGUAUGACCACUGGUCUCAAUAUGAAUCAGACACGGCGAAUUCAAUUAACAUUGGUGCAUCGGGACACAAAAUGGGAGUAAAAAUUGCUGCAAGUUUUUCUUCUGAACAUGAACACAUUAGGAAACACCAGUUGGAAGAUAAGUCCUUUACUACCAAAGUACAGGUAAAAUUUGUUAGAUACACAGCCAAAGUUCUUCCAGAUAUACAGCUUGAUCAGUCUUUCCGCAACCGUCUGCUUAAAAUCGCCGGUCAUAUACACCAAAACCGGAAAUUUUCCACGAAAUACGAGAGCGAACUACUAGUCCGCGAUUUUGGUACGCAUGUUCUAACAAGUGUUGACGCCGGGGCUUCCAUUGUCAAAGUGGAUCAAGUAGAUUCCUCUUUCCUUAAAGAUACCACAACAAACCGAGAAAAUAUUGGGUUUUCAGCAAGCAUUUCCCUUCCAGGUAUAGUAAGUGAGAGUAUAAAGAAUAAGUUUUCAAACACAAAACUGGAACUUGAAAAGUACAUGAAGAAUGUCAAAAAUUCCGAUAUAAGGACUUAUGGUGGCCCACCCAUGAAUCCGGAAAAUUUCACGCUGAGCGAAUGGACAACUACCAUCGGGAAUGAUUUGGUUGCUGUUGACAGGAAUGGGUUUCCUCUCGACUACGUGAUCUCAACGACAACAUUCCCUGAGCUAUCUGAGAGCUUGGUUGAAGAACUUGUUCAGAGUGUUCGAAAAGCAAUUUUAUCCUACUUCAAACAUAAUACAUAUCCCGGAUGUACAAACCCUAAUGCACCUAACUUUAGCAAAAUUUCAAAUCUGGACGACGGCUCAUGUCACGAGCCAUUUACUAAUCUAAGCUUCGGAGGAGUUUAUCAAGAGUGCAACUUCCAUGGAACUCUUAUUGAUAAUGAAAACAUGUGUGACAGUCUUGCAACCAACAAUCCUCGAACCCAGGCAUUUGCGUGUCCAGAGGGAUUUGAAAAAGUUCCCCUCCACGAAGGCAUAACACACAAAUCUCAGCAUCAGCACCAAUGUCGCAGAUGCUGGGCAUUCUUUCACUGCUGUCACGAUCAAUCCUAUUACGCCUCAGCAACAUAUAAUUCGUUCUGGUGUCGAGCAAAACCAGACUCUCUAGUACGUGAAGAUAUUGGAUUCCUAUUUGGCGGACUGUAUUCGGACAGAACAACUAACUUUGUCACACAAACAAAAUCAUGUCCACAGUAUUUCAAUCCAGUGAUGAUAACAUCGAACGUUAGGGUUUGCAUAAGUGAUGACUACGAACAUGGCAAAACGUUUGCAGUACCUUUUGGUGGGUUCUACAGUUGCAGAAAUGGAAAUCCCUUCGUAAAUGGAACAGUCAAUAAAACAUGUCCUAAAGGAUUUAGCAAUCAUUUGGCUACUAUCGACGUAGAUUGUGAAAUUCAGUAUUGUGUGCGGACUGAUCAAUUUUCGGAAUCAAAAUUCCCAACCGUUCAGAUCCCGCCAUUUUCCGUCGUCCCAGCAGAAAGUAUUAAAGAGGCGGCUCAUUUCAUUAUUUCUCAUAACUCUGAAAAUUGGGUUCAACUUGUUGAUCCUAAAAUUGAAGGUAAAUCACCAGAAGAGUCAACAUGGACAACUCUGAACUCGGCACCAACAGAAAUGAAAAAUUUAUUGAAGAAGUUUACAUCCAACGUCAAACUAAAUGAUCAGUCGGGAAUGUCAAAGAUCACAAUUGCAGGUUUGACUGUUGGUGUGACAACUGCUGUCUGUGGUAUCGUCGGUAUAGCCAUUGCUGUGUGGUGUAAUCGCAAACACAAACGAGAAUAUAAAAACUUUGAAUAGGCCUUAGUAAACUUGAAUUUGUUGAUAAAACAUUUUUUCAAGCUCUACAAAGUUAGCAAAAUGAAUCAGACACAUACCGUGCUUUUAGAAUGCUUAUAUGUUCUUCUAAAAAAAUAUUCAUCAACUGUUCAUAUAAAUAUAAAUCUUCAUCAAACUUUGAACCCCUUGUGUGACCCAAGAGUUAUCUAUGACCACAGUCUAAACAACUGAAAAUCAACAAAUAGUUAUAUGCUUGAUUAAACUAUACUGGUACUGUACCAGUUAUCGGCUAAGACCAGUUAUCGGCUAAACUGAGAGUUCGGGUUAAUAGCACGUGACUAUCUGAGAUUCUUUUAUUUAGUCCUCUGUUUUGAAUAAAGAAAAGUAAGUUUGCUUGAAAACUUUCUUGAAUAUGUUUUAAACAUAAGCUUAAACGAUCAUUGUUUACAGCUGAUUUACAUCUUUGCACUUUCAGCAGUGGGGGAAGUGACGUAAUAUGUUCAAAAUAGAUUAUAACCCCUUUGUGAUACAUUAUCAUCUCCCUUCUUUGAUAUGACAUAUAAUAGCACUACAUAUAACAUGUAGAG